UGUAUUCACGAAAACAAGAAUAUAAACAGUCUUAGUAGAGCCUGAAAUCUAGGCAGAUUACGUGUGUACGUAUGGGAAGUGCGUAAACUAAUUGUCAUGUACGUAGGGCAAAAAGAAAACAAGUGUGCUUUUUUGCUUGGUAACAUGACCCAACAUGACCUAACCACUUCCUGAAGGAUUUGGACCAGGAGGAAACCAACCUACAUUAUCAUCCAUAUAAAUAUAGGGUUGCUUCUAUGGAUUUGAGCUGCAUACUACGCGCCUAAAGUGCAUAACAAGGGAUUCUCGAACCUCUCACAGCCUGAUCUUCAUCCAUAGCAACAGGAACCUCAACCAACACCAACCAAAAGCUAGGCCGGGCCCAAGGGUCAGGUCAUAUGUCCUUCUUCUCUUCUUCACUUCAGGUAUAAAAAGAGGCCCCGAGGAAGAAGUUGUGUGACCCUGCCAGCGCAGUCUUGCAUCUAACUCGUCGGAGCAAGAAAGGGCCUCGAUUGGAUCAGUUGCUCACUUGCAUCGGCAUAAACAUCUUCACCAACAGGAGGAACUGAACUUCUGCAAGCCUGACACCAUCUGAACCUGCCUUAUCACGGCCUGAACAACUUCACUCAUUCAUACACCAUGGACAUCACAAAGAUGAGCAAGAUGGGCUGGCCUCCUUUUCUCCAAGCCAUGAACAGCACCGCUCAACCACUAAACUCUUCUUCAUCGCUCCCUGGAAUAAUGGACACUUUUCUUGUAUCCGCAGGCCAAGCAUCGCCUCUACUCCAGCUCUUCCUAUUCGUCUACCGCUUCGUGGGCGCCCAGUUGGGUCUUGACCCAUCUCUCCUUCUCACCCUGCUCGGUUGUCUCUGGGGCUUGUCUAAACUCUUCGAUCAAGUGUAUGCGACGACCGAUAACUUCCUUCACACCUACUUCAGGUGUACCAUAUACGUUAGCGAGAAUGACCAGAUCUAUUCUACGCUCAUGCAGUUCCUGUCGGAGCAGCAAGACAUUGCGACUAAUCGUCAUCUUACAGCCCAGACUGUUUUUAAGAGUGCUUGGGACGAGGAAGAAGAUCAAGCAGAUGUGUUAGCCACGAAUACUGUCGAAGACGGUGAAGAUUCGCCUAAGUAUCUCAACUUUGCCAGCGACGCAGCUAGAUGUAACCCACGAUAUGUCCCAGCCAUGGGCACGACAGGGUUUUGGCACGACAGGACGUACUUUCGGGUCAACCGUAAGAGAGAGUCUCUGCAAAGUACCAACGGUUGGGGAGGGACCAAGGAUGUUGAGGAGCUCAAAAUAUCUUGCUUCGGCAGGUCUAUUGACCCUAUCAAGCAGCUUCUCGCAGAUGCCAAAACAGCCUAUUUCCUCGAUACUCGCCACAAGACCACUAUCUACCGCCCCAGAAUAAAAGAAAGUCGCCGUGAUGCUUGGAGCAUGUGGCAGCAAGUUGCCCGGAGACCUAUCAGACCAAUGAGAACUGUGAUUCUCGAGCAUGAAGAGAAGCACGACGUAUUGCGAGACAUCAACGAGUAUUUGCACCCCGGAACUCCUAAGUGGUAUGCUUCUCGAGGUAUUCCCCUGCGUCGUGGUUAUCUCUUUCAUGGACCGCCUGGCACUGGCAAGACAAGUUUUUCGUUUGCAUUGGCUGGAGUUUUCGGUAUCGAUAUCUAUGUCAUCAGUCUUCAAGAUCCUACCGUCAGCGAAGAGGAUCUGGCUGUUUUGUUCACCAGACUUCCUCGCCGAUGUGUUGUCCUUUUGGAAGACAUCGACACUGCUGGUCUUCGUCGUCCCAACGAUGAAGAAGACGAAGAGGAGAAUGAAGACGGUGCCGGAGAAAAGGCCGGCGAGGCCAAAGGCAAAAAGACUGAAAAAGCGGAGAAGAAAGAAAAGAAGAAAUCCAAAAAGGCCAAAGACUCUUCCGAUAGCGAUACCGACAGCUCUGAAGAGGACAGAAAGAGACGCAGAAAGCGAAGACGAAACAGAAGAGACAGAGAGAAUACCAGCAACAGGGGUACUAAUAACAUCUUGACUGUGGAAAGUAUUUCACUUUCUGGACUUCUCAACGCCAUCGACGGUGUUGCUUCGCAUGAAGGUCGCAUCCUCAUCAUGACAACCAACAAGCCCGAGUCCCUCGACGAGGCUCUCAUUCGACCGGGACGAGUCGAUGUGCAAGUUGGGUUCAAGAACGCAACCAGCGCACAGGCAUCGGAGCUCUUUUACCGAAUGUACGAGAUGUCGCGUAACAAGCCAGUCCCUAUGUCCAAGACCAAACCUACCGCACCCAAGCCACAGAAUGGCAGUAUUCACAGUCUCGUGGAUAACAAAGGCAAAGAGACCACUCUGUCGAUCGAUGAACUCAAGACGAUCUCCCAGGAGUUUGGACAACUUAUCCCAGAGGGUAUGUUCUCGCCUGCGGAGAUUCAGGGGUUCUUGCUCAAGCGCAAGAAGAGUCCUCGAAAGGCGCUUGAGGAUGCUUCUGGUUGGAUUGAGGCUACUGUUAAGCAGAAAGAGCUCAAAUCCAAGGUUGUUACUGUCCAGUAGUCUAAGGACUUCAACAGAUGCAUUGCCAAGGGGGUGAUUUUUGGGGUUGCAUGAGGAUGAUAAUUGCUGGACUUUGCUUCUUGCUAUAAUCUGAUGGCGGAUCACGUAGUCUUAGAGCAUAAUUAGUAAUUCAUGAGUCCAUGCCUCACUUUCUUUAAUUAAAGUUCUUGCUUUUGUAGAUGUUGAU